AUGCAUGUGAAAAACAAAUUAGUUCACAUUAAUCACCGGCUCUCGCAUCUACUUCUGCAGACCACUCGCGGUUCGUUAUGUGACAAAGUUUUUUUUUGCCCUUCUGAAACAUCCUACAAGCUUAAACUUGAAGUAUAUUCAAAUACGGCUUCUGAGAAAGAAUCAAAUUUACGGGGUAAAUUUAUAUCUCUUGAAACACCAUUAAGUCAUAAAACAGGAAAUGUCUCGAAAACCAUGUUUUAAAGUCUAAAAAAGGCAUAAAAAAUUUCAUUUAGGUAAAAAAGCGAAAAUUUUUCGCGUUACUUUUUAGUCAUUUAAGAAAUUCUGCGCCUUUGAACCGGACAUUAAGAAAAUUUCAGGCGAAACUCUUGGAAAGUAAUAAGAUUUCCUUUUCAGGAACAAUGGCUGAAGUCAAAGCAAACGAACGUAACGAAUUGGUAACCUUAACUAAAAUUAAGAAAAAUCUUCAAGGCGCAAAAGUUCCAGGACAUUAACACGGCCCGGCAGCUCGGAGCCCAAGCAACUCUGCAAGGAUCCGAUUCGACGACACCUCGCAGCUCACUGAUUUCGUCACUUUCGUCGCGAACUGCCACCUACACGGACACCUACGAAAGUGAGCGAGAGCCGCUUCGCAACCGCAACGCUUCGUUUUAGGAGCCGCUCAGAGGAGGAAAAAGGCGACCGCUGCGAGGGGUAGGUUGACUUCAAAACAAGCCACGGAUGCGUUGAAAGCCGCUGAAUUCGUCGCGGCCAGCUUUUUGUUCACCGCGCAACUCGGAAAAGCCGCUGUCUACUUUCUCAUCUUUUCAUCGGAGGUGAAAACGGUGAAAACCAAGUAUUGAACUCAAAAAAAAACUGUCUUUUAUCCUCGGAAGAAACAUAGAUGGGCAUCGAAAAUCGGAGAAAUGCGUUAUUUAAAGUUGAGAAGUAUUUGAAAAUAUCGUUAUACAGGGAGAAAAAAAGUAAAAUUUAUGGCAUGCUGGAAAAGUCGGUCGGUUCGGUCGGUCGGUCAGUUUGGAAAACUAGGCCAAGCCGCAAUAUUGCUCCAUGGAACACUUAGAAUUUCAAACUGUUUUUUCUUUUUGAAUUUUUUUCUGAAUUUUUUUUCUUUUUUAAUUUUUACUAAGAAGGUUUUCGCUUAUUUCCAUUCAACUGUAUCGUUCUUGCGAGUAAAAUACGAUGGUUACUACAUUCAAAAUUAUAAACUGAUUCAAUUUUUGAAAGUGCUUAUUAAUUUUUUUCUUUGGAUACAAAAUAAAUUAAUAAAACCAAAUGAGUGAAAUGGAAACUUAUAAGUAAUCGGAAAGUGAGGUAAUGUGUAAAAAACACACAAAAAAGGCAAGAAACAAAAUUACCUUUAACAAAAGGUAAAACAUUACCUAGGGAAACAAUGAUAAAUAAGGAACAGUUUUUGAAGUGAGGAGCAUGUGUCCCAUAUCCUAGAAAACUGAUAAAAAGGAAGGAAAAAUAUAGAAACAGAGAAAAAAGUCUGAAAUUCGAUUUUCCAUGGAGCAAAAAUUACGACGUGGCCUAGUUUUCCAAACCGACCGACCGACUUUUUCCAGCAUGCCAAAAAUUUAUGACAUAAAUUUAUAAAAAGAAAAAUUUAACUGCAAAAAAAUCAACAUUUUCCGAAACUACAUAAGCUGUAUUUGCGGAUUUUGCGCGCAAUAGUGCGUCGCUCGAACUAUCGUAACCUGGAAAACUUUUUUUGAGCGAUUGUUCAUUUUAAAACGAUUCAGGCGCUAAUAAAUGUCUUUGUGAACAUCUACCACAUCGCCUCGUUCACUUAUCACAAACCGGCGGUGGCCAAGGAUCUCGCGAUGACAACUUAUCACUUACUAAAAGUCUCGUACGACAACAACUUGCUGACGAUGGCUGAGAUUUACACGGUAUUCGAUCAGAUCAUAAUAACCUUUUACAAGUUGUUUGGUAAAAAAUUAUGUUCACUGUAACGAAUAACUGUGAUACUCGCCGAGCGGUGUAGCAUCGCCUGCUAGCAAACUUAGAGCAUGUGAAAAAUUGAAAUGAUCAUUUCCUGGUCCGAAAGUGUUUCAAAACACAUAUAGUCUGUUCAGAUUUUGAAUAUCAAGUGGAAUGACGUUAUUCGAAAAUGCUCUGUGGAUGGCUCGCUCUCUGAUUGGUUUUUCGCACCAUUAUGGGCGGAGCUUGAGCGACGGCUUGACAUUCAAAACCUGAACAGACUAUAAUAAAUUUUCCGUGAUUACCGCGGCUAGCUUCAUCUUCCAUUAAAGCUCGAUCAUAAAGCCUUUUUUUAAAUCCACUUGAAUAGGUCGUAACUUUUUCACACACUUUCUUGCCAGUUUUUGAGCAGAAACUCAAAACUGGCGUAAGAAAAUCUAUUUCGAAACCUGCCAUCAAUACUAUAGUCUGUGUUCCAAGACUUGAAAUUUCACGGAACGAAAUUCCGCUGUUCCGCUUCGUGCGUUGGCGAAGCGUGUUUCGAAUCUAGGUCACGCUUUCGAUUGAUUGUUUUUGCUGUGGGAGCACAUGAAAGCAGUGUACCUUAAUAAAAGAAAGAAAAAAUUGAAAGCGCGGCCAAGGUUCGCAAAGGCGCGCAGCGGCACAGCGGAAUGUCGUUUGAUGAAAUUCGAAGUCGUGGUAAACAGACUAUAAAUCCUUGAGAAGUUUAUUUCUGUUUCAAACCGAUCUUUUAGGUACUGCGAUCAAACAUUCUUGCGCCAAUGACCAAGGCAAACGCGACGCGGAACGUCGAACGCGCCGAUCACUUGGCUAUCGAACAGUCGAGGCCUGGCUCCACUUCCACAACUUCUAGGAACCGAACUUCGACCACCCGCUGA